AUGACGCCGGCAGAGAGCAACGACUGCGUGAUUAGUGAUCGAGCUUUGGGCAAGAUGCUGGACACCUUGCAAACCAAACUUUGCAAAGCCCGCCAUAACGAGGAUAUUGCCAGAGCAUUUGAGCUUCUCAUCGGAGAGGUUGAGACGUCGGCGAUGUGGGGCCGUCGUGCCAAAGUCGCCGCUGAUCAGGUCCGCGAGGACAAGAAGGCCAUCAUCGGUGUGAUGAUCGAGGUGGCGAACUCUCUCAGCCACUAUGUCAAGAACGGUCGCGACAGGCGCUUGCCCACAGUUGACUCAGAGGAGGAGAGGAAGCGGUUGGAGAAGGUGAAAGCGGCCUUCGAUCUGAAGAUUCAACAUUUCUUCUUCCCUCUUCUCCUGUUCAUGUUCAUGUUGCUUGUUGUUGCUGUUGCUGCUGUUGCUAUUGUUGCUUGUUGUUUGUUGUUUCUGCUGUUGUUCUUGUUCUCUUAG